AUGCUUGACAUCGAUUCUUCUCCGACGAUCGAAUCACACAGAGUAUCGUCAUCACUUCCUUCCAAGAAAACACGAGGGAUCGCUUCAUCACCCAACAUAACUCAUUCCUCAUCGUUCAGUGAGAGCCCCUCAUCCCCAUUUGCUUCAUCGGAAAAUCAAGGAUCAAAGAGCAGCAUUCAAAACUUUUCCUUUCCAGAUUUUCUUCAUCGGCAAUCAAUAUUGUGGACAUUAAUCGCAAUGAGUAUUGGUUAUCUUUUAGGAAAAUCGGAACUGGACUUCUCGUGGUUUUUAUUAUUAUUAAUAAUUAUUUAUUCAAUUUCAUCAAGAGUAUUCCGAGACUCUUCUCGAACCAUUAAUGAAUUACUUCGACAGAAAAAGUUGAAAGAGUGGAAGCAAUGGAGAGAAAUGCAUCUCCCAAAAUAUUUAACAAAUAGUGGAAAAGAAAUACCAACGAGCGAAGAAUCUAACAAAACGACAUCCGAUCAAAACCGAAAAGAUGCUACUCUUUCCUGUGUAAAUACAAUUAUUGACCAAUUUUGGAGAGGGUUUAAUUCUGAAUUUAUUGUCAAGAUGGCCAAUGAUUGGCUGAAGGAAAAUCCUAUUGCCUCUAAUUUUGAUAUUCAAGUUUCAUUCUUAGACAUUGAUAACGACAAUCCUCCAUUUUUUACUUCCAUCUAUUGUUCCGAAAAUACUCCCAAGAGAACAGUGAUAGAUGCAUGCAUGGAAUAUAAUGGAGAACUUUUUCUGCAGUGGUUUGUUAAAUUAUUAAUACCAAUUCAAUUUUUGCUAAAAGACGUGUCAGCAAAAGUUAAAUCAAGAGUUGUUAUUGAAUAUUCGGAUAACUUAGAAGAGUUUGGUCGAACUAUAUCCAAGGUGGACGUGUGUUUGAUGGAGUAUCCGCAGUUUAACGUAUCGGUUCAAAUGUUUAACUCUCUUGAUUUAACUGGGUCAAUUCCAUCUUUACAAAAUCAGCUCAAGCUGGGAUUUGAAAAAGCUCUCCUGAAAUUUGUUUAUCCAAAGUUUAUUACUGCAUAUAAGUAUGGAGACGAAGGAAGAAACAGUGGAUUGAAUUUGGAAAUCGAUAAAAUUGUAGUAGAAGGAUUGGAAGAAGAAAUCAAAAGCAAUUUAUUUAACAUUAAUCAACUGUUAAAAGCCAUCAACAAGAGUCAUGGAGAAAACAAGGAAAAGAUCAAGCUUGAAGUUUGUACCAACAUUCUCACUCUUCUUCAUCAAGCAAGAGAGCCUGGGAAAAUUCCAAUUGGUAUGACAGAUACCAUUAGGAAUGGCUUUCAAAUUCUAAACAUGCUCACCUUUGGAGAAAUACAUAAUGAUGACAAUGCUGUGAAUGAGAAAAUUAUGGAAAUACUAUUGCAAACAGAUAACCUUCUAUUUAUUGCUGAUGUAGUUAGAAAGUGCACUUUGGCGGACGAGCUGGUUAUGAACAUACUCUUCAAAGUCACAGAUCCCAAAUUAAAACAACAAGUGAACAAGAGAUUCCAAGAGCUAGAGUUGGGAGAUAUUCUUUUCACAGUUGUUGGAAGGAAUGAGAGACCCAUGACAACCCACUCACGAGAAAACUUUACAAUAAAAUGA